CACGCGCUGAUGUGAGUCACGGGGGGCUGGAUUGUCUUUAUUUGCUCCCAGUCUCGGCCCCUUCGUCCUCCUCCUCCUCCUCCUCCUCCUCUUCCUCGCUCCUGCUGCUGACCAUGGCCGGAUCCGUCACCAGCGGCAGCUCCGCGGAGCGUGUGGGAUACAUCACCCGCAUCCAGAGCUUCAGCGCCUGCCACCGCCUCCACAGCAUCCACCUGAGUGACGAAGAGAAUAAAAAAGUCUAUGGAAAGUGCAACAACCCUCAUGGUCAUGGACACAACUACAAAGUGGAGGUUACGGUGCGGGGAAAGAUUGAUCGUGUCACCGGCAUGGUCAUGAACCUGACUGACUUAAAGAGAUGCAUUGAGGACGUCAUCAUGACUCCACUGGACCAUAAAAACCUGGACAAGGACGUUCCUUACUUUGCCAGCGUUGUCAGCACCACUGAGAACCUGGCUGUUUACAUUUGGGACAACAUGGUGAAGGCUCUGCUGCCCAACCUGCUCUACGAGAUCAAGAUCCACGAGACAGAUAAGAACAUUGUCGUGUAUCGAGGAGAAUAGACGUCUGAGUGGAGACGUAAUGUGACGAUUGCGUACAAGUCCCAUUGAUGACUGCUUGUUGAACAGAUUCCGGUUUGUAAGGCUGAUUCAGGUUUAUUCUGAUGAGUGGUGGAUUGUAGAGAUAAUCUUGCACUUUACACACACUGUAGCAAAUCCAAGUGUUUUUGUUGAAUUUGUAUUCUUGUUAAGUGGAUUCUCAACCUGUCCGGCUCAUGACCCCGUACAAUACAGCAGUGCCCCCGAAACACAAAGUGCAUUUGUCUACUGGUUGUGACCAAAGAUCAUUUAAUUGCUUGCUUAUUUUAUUUGAACCCUUUUAAAAAGCCCAAAGAAGCUAAAGUAAAUUUCCUCUCUGCCUCCCUAUCCUGUUAAUCAUUGUAAACAACUCAUUAAUAUAGUGAGCCACAUUAUGGAGACCCCUGAUUCAGUCCUUUACUUCACUGAAUGUCAAACUAACUAAUAAUUUAUUCGUACUGUAUCUGAGCAGGUUAUUAAAAAAAAUGUCAUGCAUCGGAUUUUUAAUAAAUGCAUUUCCAAUAUGAACAACUACACUUUUUUAACAGUAAUUUUAUAAGUGGAGUUUUUAAGCUGUUCAGAAAUGAACAGGCACCCCUCUACAAAAUGUCAUGGAAAUCAGUUCAGUAGCUUUUGCCCAAUUCUGCUGACUAACCAUAGUGAAGUCACACUGACAUUUAGCCACACACUGACAUCUAGUGGAACAAAACUGUACAUGACUCAGGUUAUUGCAUUGAGCCCGGCUGUGAAGCAGUGAUGACCAGUGCUGAAAUGGUUUCUUAUAAUAAAAAUAAAAUAAAUUAAAGAUCA